CUAUUGCGGCGUUAUAGGGCCGUAAUUGAUUUAAGGCGUUCCAACGCCCUAUUAGAUACGAUCUACCGCCCAGGUUCAUGUUAUUACUGAGCAUCGGGACUAUACCUGUAUAGACAAAGGGGCUUUUAUCACAUACCUUGCAAGAUUCGAACCGUCCAAGGAUGGCAACAGUAGCCUAACUAUGCGCACAAGCGGAGCCACGUGUGUUAUUGCGUGGACGCCGUACAGCGUGAUUACGUCGUACUAAGACGUUAUAUAACGCCAUAAUAGGGCGUUAUUACGCCUUAAAAUAGGGAUUACGCCUUAAACUAGAGCAUUAUAGGCGUUACAACACCGUAUUAGGGCGUUAUAACGCCGUAAAAUUAAAAAAAUGUAUUCCAGGCGGAGAUCAGCCAACGUAGAAUAGUGGUCACGGUGUUAGAUACUUGCACGAUGGAGCUUUAUCUCGAGAUAGUGGAUGGACUGAGACCAAGUUUACUCUGGAGAUCACGAAUGUUUGGGGUAGGCACGGUAUGCUGGUGUCAGGUAACUGACUCCGGCAAGCUGGUUGUCUGAACUUUGAUGACCUACAUUUAAGUUCGACAGUUUGGUUUUCUACGUGGGACACUGAUCUAGCUAGCAUAGCAAACAACAUGCGUGAAUGAUAAUUUCAGACGCUGGUAGCUGCGGAUGGUUGAAUUUAUGUCUGCGUGGGAGUACGGUCUCCUGUAGAAGUCAUCCUCUAUUCUUCAUACACUGCGCCUUCACCUGAUCACCAUGAGCUCAGCCGGUCAGACGGGCCAAAUCACCUUGCAGGCUGGUCUGCAGCCGAUGACGAGCUACGGCCCUAUGGAAUUUCAACCCAACAAGCCGCGCGCAGCAGUUGCCGCCCUGAGGGGGCUGUCGGUAGCUCACAUUGUGGUGGGCAUCCUCUGUGUUCUCUUUGGAUUGGUUGCCAUAAUACUUGAGUGCAAUUACUCCUUUGUUGGAUGGGGUCUUUGGAGCGGACUUUUGUUUUUUGUGGUGACCGGCAUUCUGGGCGUGAUUACACCGGGCCGAAAGUACACCAGAGGAGUGGCCAUUGCAUUCUUGGCGAUGUCCGUCGUAUCUGCCAUCGUAGCAUUCAUAUUGAUGACUACUUCUAUCAUUUUUGCUGCCUGGGAGUCAUCAUACUGCAACCCCUCCACCUUCUAUUUCUAUUCAACCUGUCACUUUCCCCCGACAACCCGCCUGGCAAUUGAUGCGUCGUUGGCAGUUCUCGGCCUGGGAGAGAUGGUCCUUGGCAUCCUGACUGCCACGCUCUCCUGCUAUGGCAUGUGCGGAUGUUGCCGCUCUUACUCCCCAGUCAUGGUGCAGUACAUGUCCCAACCAGACAAUGAACAGGCUGCGCCAAUGACGACCAUGCAGCAACAGCAAGCAGCAUCCGAAGUGCCUAGUGCAGUGUAGGGCGAGAAUGAUCCAGGGCAUUAUAGGGAGCAGAGGACACAGUUUCUUGACAAAAGGGGAAGUGCAGGAUUCCUUCGUGUCAUCAAUACGGACUUUCCGAAACUCACUCAAUUACAUCCCGUCACUGAACGCAAAGAAACUGAUGUGAUGUACCAAGAUUGAUAGUGACUUGGCCUAAACGGGUUUGCACAAUUUAUGCGGAAGUGGGGCUUUGUCUAACACAUUGUUGUGCUUUUUUUGGGGGGGGGGUCGGGAUCUUGUAAUAUCACCCAGUUUUACGCGUGUAAAAAGCUGACUCUGUAGAUAAGCCAAUGAUAUUGAUUCCAGUUUUAACAAGCUGCUUUGUGUUAAUAGCAAUACUUAUGUCAAAUAAAGAUAGUAUCAUUGUUUUCAACAUAUAUUGAACAAUGGCGUACAUUAAACCAUGCACAAAGAUGUA